AUGGCAGACACUUUCGACAAAACUACAGAUGAGAGGAUCGAGUUCACAACCUCAAAAGAGGUCACGGUCGCUCCGACCUUCGAUGAUAUGCACUUGAAAGAGAAUCUCCUAAGAGGAAUUUACGCAUACGGAUUCGAAUCGCCAUCAGCUAUCCAGUCUCGUGCCAUUGUUCAGAUCUGCAAAGGCCGCGAUACUAUAGCGCAGGCGCAAUCAGGUACUGGUAAAACAGCAACAUUCGCGAUCAGUAUUCUACAAGUUAUCGAUACUGCGCUUCGUGAAACCCAGGCAUUGGUUCUCUCUCCGACCCGUGAACUCGCAACACAGAUACAAAAUGUCAUCAUGGCUGUUGGGGACUACAUGAACGUACAAUGCCACGCGUGUAUUGGAGGCACAAACGUUGGCGACGAUAUCAGAAAGCUUGACCACGGGCAACACGUCGUUUCCGGAACGCCAGGGCGCGUUGCAGACAUGAUCCGGCGCCGCCACCUUCGCACGCGGCACAUUAAAAUGCUUGUUCUCGACGAGGCUGAUGAUUUAUUGGCGCGAGGUUUCCGGGAGCAAAUCUACGACGUCUACCGAUACCUUCCCCCGGCGACGCAAGUGGUUGUUUUGUCCGCCACUCUGCCUUACGAUGUUUUGUCGAUGACAACCAAAUUCAUGACAGAUCCAGUUCGCAUCCUGGUGAAGCGUGACGAGUUGACCUUGGAGGGUUUAAAACAAUACUUCAUCGCAGUGGAGAAGGAAGAAUGGAAAUUCGACACCCUUUGUGAUCUAUACGAUACUCUUACCAUUACCCAGGCAGUCAUCUUCUGCAACACCAGACGUAAGGUCGACUGGCUGACUGAUAAAAUGCGAGAAGCCAAUUUCACAGUAUCCAGCAUGCAUGGAGAAAUGCCCCAGAAAGAACGAGACAGUAUCAUGCAGGAUUUCAGACAAGGAAAUUCGCGCGUUCUCAUUUCUACAGAUGUUUGGGCACGUGGAAUUGAUGUACAGCAGGUGUCUCUGGUUAUCAACUACGAUCUCCCAAGCAAUCGUGAGAACUAUAUCCACAGAAUCGGCCGAAGCGGUAGAUUCGGCCGCAAGGGUGUGGCGAUCAACUUCGUCACAAGUGAGGAUGUCAGGAUCCUUAGAGAUAUCGAACUCUAUUAUUCUACUCAAAUUGAUGAAAUGCCCAUGAACGUCGCCGAUCUUCUCUCGUAA